UUUGACGAAAUUGAAAAUGUGUCAGUUUGUCACUUUCAUGAGGUUGGAGUAAUAACAUGUUCAACUACUUAAGACACUGUCUCGAAUAUUGUUUGUGCCUUUUAGAUUGAGAAAAUUAACAACCAGAUUCGUGGACUGUGAGAAGAGUUUCUCAACAUCCACAGAUGUGGUGGGGAGCCACAAAUAAAGAGAAGCAAUGCGGGCCUGAGUUUGCAGCCUGUCUUUCAGCUCCUGCCCACCAGUCCACUGCUCUCACCUGUCUGGCAUCCUCUUCAGACACCUCACUCAAAGCAGGGAUGAUGUGCACAUAGUCCUUCCUCUCUUUCCUGGGACCCUUCCACUCGUGCUGGAUCGAAUAUAUAAAGAGAGCUAGUCUCUGGUGCCUUUCCAUCACAGCCUGCAGCUUAAUGGCACAUUCUCCAUGGCAGCCUUGAAGAGCUCUGCACACACAUCUCUCUCUUGCUCUGGAAGUUCCUCCAGCUGAGUGGUGGUGCCAGUCAUCUGCCUCUGCCAGUGCUGCCAUACUCCAAGAACAUGUGUAGGUUCUGCAUCUUGUAGCCGAUGUUGUGGGCUUAUGGCUCUGAUGUUUUCUCCAGCUUCUUAAGGAGGACCACUAGCUCCAAACUGUGGUCGAUGAUGAACACAUAGGCCUUUAGCAAGGAUUUGUGAUUCCCCAGCAGCUCCUUCAGAUCCUGGACACACUUGGCAGGUGGUGGGACCAUACCUUCCAGACCUACGCCUGCAUGAGCAGGGUCUGAACCCAGAUGAAAGCCACCAAUAGGAAGCUCAGAGAGACAGAGAACCCUGUGCAGUUCUUCGAAAGGUCCGUCUACAGCGACAGAUACAUCUUUGCAGCGAACCUCAAUGAGAGUCUGAACGAGACAGAGUGGUCUAUCUACCAGGACUGGCACGGCUGGCUCCACAAACAGUUUGGGAAACGCAUCGAGCUGGACGGCAUCAUCUACCUUCAAGCCGCACCAGAGAGAUGCAUGGAGAGGCUACAUCUGAGAGGCAGAGAGGAGGAGCAGGGCAUUCCUCUGGAGUACCUGGAGAAACUCCACUUCAAACACGAGAGCUGGCUGCAGCACAAAACCAUGCGGCGAGAGAGGGAGGAAGGAAGUGUUGAUGGGAUUGUGAACGAGGAAGGGAGUGUUACGGAAGGGAGUAGGUUGAGCAUGGUAUAUGAGUAUCUGAUUGACACGCCCAUUCUGACGCUGGAUAUCAACAAAGAUUUUAAAGGGGACAAGGUCAAGGGUGCUGACGUGGUGGAAAAGGUCAAAGAAUUUCUCAGUACCUUGUAAACACCAGUAGAUGACCAUCAUAGCCUUGCCCUGGAUGGCGGCCAGCAGUGAGGACAGAUGUGGAACUUGUUUUGAAAUGAAUGAUGUCAAUUAUUUUUUAGAUUAUUUUUUAAAGCAUUUUAAAUUUAUCGACUUGCAUGGGUACCUGCAUGGGUAAACACAAUAUGAUACGUUUGUAUAGCUUGGUUUCACCUUCAUAUCCUCUCUGUUUUAUUUAUCAAUAUGAAUGAGAAGGGGGAAAAACCUGAAUAUGUAUUUCUUUAUUGGAAAUCAUUUGUGUUGUUUUAUGAACGCCUAAAAUAAUAAAGGGCUACCAGUA